AGACCGCUUCGCCCGUUGGAAAGACGAUUCUUUUUCUCAUACCAUCCCAACAACAAUACAAUACAAUACAAUACCAUCCACACUAACACAUCCACUUAUAUAUACUUCACAUCAUAUCACAUUAGCAUCUCUUCAACUUAUAUAUCCACCAACAAUCAUGUCUAUCCUCGGUUCCAUCAAGCGUGCUCGCGAUCACAAGGAGACAGCCAGGGCCAAAGAAGUAGAGCAGCCCAAGGCAACAAAGCCCACACAAAGAUAUCGCCAUGUUCCCACACACGCAGCAUGCGAUUCAGUCAACGUCGGUCCAGCUGGUGCCCGUCAUCACGACCGCUCCAAGGUUCGCGCUGAGAACCGAAAGCGAACGGCAAAGGCCGUUGCUGAUGCCAUGCACGGCAAUCCCCACAUCCAGAUGAACUUCCCCGGAUCAUCAACGGCCUCUCCCUUCACCAGCGGCAGCUGCAGCACUACCUAUCAAGCCAGCGAGACUGACUACGAUGGAGACAUCAGCCCCAGAAGUCACUCUCCCGUGCAUCACUUUGAGCCUGCUCAUAUCUACGAGUACUCUCCUGCGCCAACUUUCCAUCAUCCCAUUUCUCUCAAGGGCAAGGAAGUUGUCCGAGGUCCUCAGUAUGGCUUGGCCUACACUGUAUCUCCUGACCCUCGGGAUCGGCUCGCCGAGCGAUUCCAGACUGGUGUCAUGAUCUAAGCUUGUACUUGAUGAGAUUUCGGCCCCUGGAGGGUGAUUUCUCAGACAUGAUCAAAAGCUACAAACCAAAAGAAUCAGCAAGGGACUGACUCCCUGCUACCAUCCACGCUUCGGUCCAGCAAGGCCCAUCAACUUACACCGAUCCGUCCACCAAGCUCUCCAUUGAGAUCGAGCAGGACACGGUACUCUAAGUUUGGAAAGAAUGCGAAAGCGACCUACCUAACGGGCCAACCCAACAAGACAAGACACGACACGACACGACACGACAGGGGUCGUCUUGUGGGAGAGAGAGCAAGCAUUGGAUAUGGGGGGCCCCUCUCAGUUUCGGGCAUUCCGAUGUCGAGUUUGACACAUCUUGGCAGAAAUCUUUAUACUAAAGUGAAAAAAAGUACGCCACACUCUACUUAGGCUUAAGACUUGGUUCAGAGCAGGAAUCGGAACCGAGCUAAGCCCUUUUACUUCAUGUACAAUAGCGUUUAGACUUUUCUUCUAGAACCUUUCGGGUUCUUCCUUUUAUUACUGUUACAUACUUUUUUAGCCUUAGGCCUUGGCUGCAAUGGCAUGGCAUGGCAUCAGGUCAUUCUUCGUUGGCUGGGACCAACUGUUACUGAAAUGAAACUAAGACAACGAUUCACACUC